ACACCAAGCUGCUUCCCUAUUGCAGUCAGUCUUCAGGCUGGUGCAGGUCAAUGAUUUAGUUUCUGGUGUCCUUCGACAGCUCUUUGGUGGAGUUUGGAGUGUUUGAGGUUGUGGACAGUUGUCUUUUAUAUAGAUAACAGUUCAAACAGGUGCCAUUCAUACAGGUAACAAGUGGAGGACAGAGAUUAAUUCAUAAUUGUCUAAGUUGAUUCACUUUGAUUGGAUUAACAACUUGCCUCAGACAGAUCGAUCUGAUUGGAUUGAAUCAUUUAAUCGUUACACACCUAUUACAUCAACAGUUCUAUAAGUCUGCUAAUAAAUGUUAGCAGAAAGCUAUAUUUUAGGUGUAAAUAUUUUUAUUUUUAUUUUUGAAUCACUACUUCUGCCUCAUUUUAUCCUAAAGCGACUCCUUGUUUUCCGAACUUAGAGGUUCAACUUUCCUCUUAGUGCGUUUCUGGACUCUUUCAGGGGCUUUUGUUGAUUGUUCUGUCAUGCUUUGUGGAUUAUUUAUGUUUUAAUGGUGUGUUCAGUUGAACAAGUAAAGGACUGUGUUGCCACGUGAAACUCUGAAGGAUUCUGGUCUCAGGAGGAGCGCAGUUCCCCUCACGAUGUAUUUCUGAACUUCUCUGACGUGAAAUAAAGAAGGAAGUAUGGCCACCACUGUUGCUGUCAGCCCCAGUGAAUACCUCCAGCCCUCCACUGCUUCUACACAACAGGACACCCAGCCGUCUCCUCUGGCCCUGCUGGCUGCCACCUGCAGUAAAAUCGGCCCUCCUGCCGCUCAGGCCCCCGUCACCUCUCCGCCGGCGCAGCCUCAACCCCGCCGGCUCCUUCCCAUAAAGCCGGCCCCCAUAGCCCCGGCUCCUCCCAAAAACGUGGGCUUCCUGUCGGCCAAGGGGAAUGUGAUCCAGCUCCCCGCCGGCCUGGGUUCCAGCGCUCCCGGCAGCCCCAUCGUCCUCACCAUCCAGCAGAGCCCCUCCCGCACCACCACCUCCGGCCCGGCCAACAUCCAGUACCAGGUGGUGCCGCAGAUCCAGGGUCCGCAGACGAUCCAGGUGAUGCCCCAGGGGGGUCAGAUCCAACUCAUUCCAGGCACCAACCAGGCCAUCAUCACCGCUCCCGUGACCGUGCCGGCUCCAGCCGUCGCCUCCGCUCCGGUCACGCCGCAGAAGACGGUAGCCAUCAAGCCGUCCCUGAAGGCCAAAAAGGCCGCCUCGGCGACGGUGCUGCAGCUGCCCGGCGGCCACACCCUUCCGCUCAACGUGGCCACCGGCGAGGUGGGCGUGGCGCCCAUCCUCACAGAGACGCCCGCCUCCCUUCCCGUUCCCGAGAAGGGUCGGCGAGGCCGGAAGAGGAAAGUGGUUCUGCCGGCCGAGCCUCCGCCCCCCGCCCCCACGCAGGCCGCCUCCCCAACCCCAGACCAAAUGGAGACCAUACUGAUCGAAGCCGGGGACAACAUCAUCCAGGCGGGGAACAACCUGCUGAUCGUCCAGAGUCCCGGUCAGCCGGCCGUGGUGCAGCAGGUGCAGCUGGUCCAGCCCAAAGCAGACUCGCAGUUGGUCCAGAUCCCCCAGCAGGCCUUGAAGGUGGUGCAAGCUGCGUCGGCCACGCUGCCCCCCGUCCCACAAAGACAGCCGGUCUCCCCAAGCCUGCAGGGGUCGCCGACAGAGCCGACACCCACACAGAUCAUCUUCAAAACAGCGACGGGCGAGUGGCAGUCCGUCCAGCUGCAGGACUCUGUUUCCACGGCGACCACCCCAGCCAGCUCCGUGGCCCCAGCCGUCACGUCCCCGUCAACCGGCACCAAGAAGCCGGGAGGGAAAAAGGAGAGGACUCUGGCCAAAAUCGCCCCGGCAGGAGGAAUGAUCACCUUCAACGCGUCGCAGCUCCCGUCGGCGGCGCAGGCGGUCCAGACCAUCAGCAUCAACGGGGUCCAAGUUCAGGGGGUUCCUGUCACCAUCACCAACACGGGAGGCCAGCAGCACCUGACGGUCCAGACCAUGCAGGGCGGGGGGCUGCAGCUGGCGCCCUCCCAGGGUCAGUCCGCCAUCCAGGUGGACCAGACCUUCACGCUGGAGCUGCCCAGUCAGCCGGGGGAGAAGAAGCGGCGCAUGGCCUGCACCUGCCCCAACUGCAAAGACGCGGACAAAAGGCCCGGGGAGGUGGGCAAGAGGAGGCACAUCUGUCACGUUCCCGGCUGCGAGAAGACGUUUAGGAAAACCUCGCUGCUCCGAGCUCACGUGCGCUUGCACACGGGGGAGAGGCCCUUCGUCUGCAACUGGGUUUACUGCGGGAAGCGCUUCACGCGCAGCGACGAGCUGCAGAGGCACGCCAGGACGCACACAGGAGACAAGCGCUUCGAGUGCAGCCAGUGUCAGAAACGCUUCAUGAGGAGCGACCACCUGACCAAGCAUUACAAGACUCACAUAAACACCAAGAACCUGUGAGCAGACCAGCUUCCACUGGGACAGAACUGUGUUACAGGGAGGAGGAGCGGAGGGGGCGGAGUCUGUGUGACAAACUCCUAUGGAAGCCCCCGUCUCCCCUCUGCUCCUCCAGGACGCUGCUGUGGUGUACAGACAACGGAUCCGGCGAAGCUCUUCAUCCUUGGUUUCCUUCAGGUUUUCAUGACUGCGUUUAUGUUAAUGAGGGGGCGUGGCUUCACAUGCUGAACUCUGCUUUUUUUAUUUUUUAUUUAUGAUCUUCUGCAAAGGAGGAACUGAAAAACGGAGGCAUCAGCACUCCAGACUUUUCCCAAACUGGUUUGUUUUAGAGGAAAAGAUGAAAACUAUAAAGAAGCAAAAACAACAUUAAAAAGUUGAUCUCAUCAUUUUGCAUUUAUGAAUGAAUUUAGAAUAGAUGCAUUAAAGGAAGAGUCACAGGACGGAAUUUGACCAACUUUUGCACAUUAAUAUCCACCUAGAAACGACACAGUCAUUUGCAAAAACAAAAACAGGGUUUUAUUGUCAGUUUGUUCUUAGAAAAAAGCUCAAAGAUUGGCUUUGAGGGUUCUGAUGGGGCGGGCUCCAGCUCUCCGAAAGAGAUCAACCAAAGCUGGCAGACGGUAAACAUGCAGAUUCAGAUGAUCUAAAAGUAGAUCAGAUGACGACGACAAUGAGUAGCUUAAGGAUCAGAAUCAGACUUUUGUUAGCGGUUGUGGAGCUGAAACUCAGAUGAACUCACAGUUUUACUCCUUUCAUUUUUAAGUGUUUUAAGACCGAUUAUGGAGAUGUGAUCGGAGAAAAAGAAAUUAUGUGAACAUUUACAUCAGUUCUGAUUCUGGGAGGUGCAGUCAAACAGAAUGAACUACUGUGAUCAUAUAAUGUGAUGUCCAGGCAUGUGGAUGCCAGGUCUAUGGAGCUACGAUGGGACCAAUAUUCUUUGAAACCCAAAUAAAACAACUUGAAAAAAUUAUUGGUGUUUGACCCAAAAAAAUUUUAAAAUGUCAGGAAUUUUUUGCUAUUCUAAAAUAAACGUAAUUUUUUUAGCCUCAAAUGUUAGGGUUUUUUUAAAUAUAAAAACAAAAUGUCAAUUUCAAACUUAGUUUUCUGUUUCAAAUCUUUUUUUUUCACUUUUUUUCCGGUUUUGAAUCUAAAAAUUUCAGUUUCAAAACUUUUGGCCCCUUUGCGGCGCGUUUGGGCGGGACUAACACGAAGAGUUAAAAGGUGGAAAAAAGAUUUGAAACUGAAAUAAAAAAGUUUGACAUUGAAAUUUUAAGUUUUGAAACCUAAAAACAGAACAUUUGAAGCUGAAAAUAAUCAACUUUAUUUUAGAAUAACAAAAAAUUUCAGAAAUUUAAUUUAAUUUUUUUUUUGCCAAAGGCCAAUAUUUUUUUCCAGUUGUUUUACUUGGGUUUCAGAUCAUAUUGGCCCCUACAUAGCUCCAUACAGGUCUGAAGAGGUUAAAGGUCAGAAUAAGACUUUUUUUUUUUUUUUUAGCAGUUUUGGAGUUUAAAACGAGAUUAACUCCUUUCAUUUUAAGUCAAAAUGUUGUUUUAAAACCAAGACCUUUAAUGGAAACAUGAUUUGUGAAGAAAAAACAAAAACCUCUCACUCAUCAGUUCCUAAAAAGCUUCAUGUUGAGUUGAAUUCUGGGAAAUGUAGGUUUUAAUGAUCCCGUUUAACAUUUUACUGUGUUCUUGCUGGAGCGGUUUCACAAACCCGACAGGUACUCUUGGUGACUAACGCUGAGUAAACAAACGUUUUCAGUCUUUUGACUUGUGUUGAAUGUUCAUUUACUUUCAGACUGUUUGAGUGAAGCGGCUGAUCUACCUUAAAACAUUCUGGCUUCUUCAGAAACCCUCUUAAGGCCGUCAUCAACGAAAAAGAGAUAAAGCAGAAAAUUUAUGAGGAAACAAAUAAAUAUUUAUGCUUCAAAAAGUCAUAAUUUUACAAGGAAAAAGUCUCUGAAAUAAUAUCUUAUAUUUAGCUUUUAACAUUCUCAAUAGACAAUCGGACCUGCUAAAUUCAUUCAUCUGCUUUUUAUGGAAAUUUACUUUAUUUUCAUGAAAUACAACUUUAUUUUGAAAAAAGCAUGACAUUUUUCCUGUAAAACUACAACUUUUUAAAUCCUAAAUGUACAACUUGAUUCUUUUAUUUGGACUUUUUCUCACAUAUUUUUCUUUUUCUUUUAUGAUGACCUUAAGACAAUGUCGUAAUAACAUAUAUGUAUUUAUUGAUGCUUUUAAUUUGGAAAUUAUUUUUUAGACUGUAUCUUGUAGAAAUAAACUAUUUUCCUUAAAAAAACUUAAGGAAAUUAGUUUGCUUUAAAUUAUGUUUCCCUGCUUUUAUUCUGGAAAACAGAACUGAGUUCUGGUGCAUCAUUUUCUUCUGGUUUAGUUGUACGUUGCCGUACAUACGAGUGUACAUUUUUUAUGACAAUCAUUUCACAAAAUGCAAAAAAAAAGAGGAAAAUCUUUUUUCUUUCUUUUCUUGAAGCUCAGAUUUGGCGUUUCCUCCUGAAAGUGUUUUUAUGUGAAAUCACAGACCAGCAGCUUUGUGCUGUUGUGUUCCUGCAGGUUAUUGUGUAUUUGUUUUAUGUUUUAACAUAAACCCAGCUGAUCUCAUCCAUCCCGUUGAAGAACUGAGAAAGUUCCUCUGGUCAAACUCUCCCUUUCGGCUCUGCAGCUCCCCCUGCUGGUCCAGUUUAGUUUUUCCAUCUCCUUUAUUCGGUUUAUUCUAGAAACUUUUGACCAAAAACACAUUUUUUAAGUGCUUUGCUUCGGUUUCAGCCUAGACGGCUAAUUCUCGUUGUUUAUUUGGGUUAAAGACUGUCUGGAGACGUCAACGGCAUCAGGACGGAUAAACAGAUUCAUAUUUAUGCUUUUCUUGUUUGAAAAUGUAAAUAGUGUGUGUCAGGUGACACAGUGUAUGUAGAAUAAAAGUUAAGCUGCAUAGAUUUCUGGCUGGGCAGCCAGCCUCGAAGGAAAAACCGUGUACAGUUUGUAAGAAAUAAAAUAAAUGUGACAUUGUAUAGCUUCAUUCCUGCUUUCUAUGAGGUGUCUCCACCUUUUUCUAUUGAAUGAAAGAUGCCUUAGACAGCCACACCCAGUAUUUAACAGUAUUUCUCCCAGUCCAAGUGUGGGUAACAUUCGUAAGUUAUGUUUUAAGCUUUUAACUUCCUGAUUGAAACCCGACGUUCCACAGUUUGUAAAAUGAUCAUGUAAUUAGAAAUGUGGGCUGUUUUUUCAUAAAUGAAAGCAUUUCUAAUGCUUGGGUUGUGUGUAAUGAAUGGUUAUGUUAUAUACUGUCAUACCGCCCCCUUGUGUUCAUCAGGAGAAAACCUAAAACCAGCAGCCAAUUUUCUAACUGAUACAAAGGUGCUAGAAUAUGCUUUGCUCCUUUUCUACCAUUACCUCCUCAAUAAAAGACUCAAACCAUU